AUGUCUGAAUUGAAUCAACCGGGCUCUUCUGAGAACGCUGGGAGCAGGGGAGUGGAGACCGUCAUGCCUAUCCGCAAACGAAAACCCUUUGAACCGGGACGAUGUCUUGGUCCUGUUUUCUCUGAGCGACUGUGCAAAUUGGAGGCGAUCAAGCAGCAACUUCUGGAAUUGGACAAUCGCCUCAAAAUGGAAAUGCUCGUCUUACGUGAACUUUCUGGUAAUCCAGUCAAUGUGAAUGAGAAACUCGACGGUUUUGUUGCCAAAAUGUCCAAAUCGCUGAUGUCGGAAGUUUUAUCUAGUAGUAUUGCACAAAACACUCUAACACCGCGUGUGCAGUCAUCUCCUGAUGUCCCAGAUCACUCGACUGAGGAGCAGAAUAAAAUUUUCCCGACGAGGAUUUUUCUAUUGCCAAAGAAUCCCUCAGCUCCGCCUUCUACUUCUGCUACUCCUCCGCUACCACUAUUACAGCAACAGCAGCAGCAGCAGCAGCAGCAGCAGCAGCAAGGGCAGCAAUCUCAAGGGGUAGUCGUCACUACAAAGGGGAAGGGGGAUGUCAUUCCUGUUGUCGUUGACAUCUCAAACCAACCCCUUCCUCCCACACUAGGUCUGCAUGGUUCUCUCGAAUCCAAUGCAUUCCUCUCCUACGCUGCUGACUUGCUGGCCCUUCCUACUCACACUUCAGCUUCCAAACCUCCUCAUCCAGAUAGAAGGUUCUCUUCAUCAAAAGGAAAUUUCACUUGCGAACUUUUAGUCACCCCUUCCACCAGUGUGGAUCUUGAUUCUCUGUUUGCAUUUCGAGGAGCGGUUCGUACAACGAGAUCGCGGUUCACAGAACCUUCCAGUGAAACCUCUGUUUCUCAUCGCACUGCCUCUGGGGAUCGAGCUUCUUCAACUUCCGACAGCGAUGUUCCAGCCUCGGAAGAUUAUUCAAGCCCUAAAAGGAUCGUGCCGCAGCCUAAAGUAUUUGCACUGCAUUCGUACGCGACUUGCGUCUGUCUAUUGAUAAUUACCCUCACGGUGAUUUCCUUGCUUUUUUGGCCUUCGACCCCACUGGAUUUGGAGGCCGAAGUAGAGAUUCAGAUGAGGCAAUUGAUGAAGACAUUUCCCAACCAGAGUACCCGUCUCUGGGCCACUGUAAAGGGUGCUCUUCUUUCACAGCCAAGGUUACCCAAUAAAUGGUGGGGUGAAGCUGAGGAGAAGGAGUCACCCACUGUUCUACUUUUCGCUCCUACGGCACCCAGUGACAGUUUCCAGUGUUUCUUGGAGCGAUUUGGCAGAGCUUUGGCAAAUUUAGACCCUCGUUGGUCUUGCGUCAAGAUCAACCCUUUUGAUUCCUCAUCCACCACUCUACCCAAUGUUCGCCCGAUAAUGCAGCCGAAGCUGUCUGAUCUGCUCUUUCCAGAGUUUAGUGCUCGAGACAAAUAUCACUCAACCUUUAGAUACACUUACAUCCAUAUGAUUCACCAACUUCAAGACGUUUUUUUUUCAAGCUUAUUGACCCCCGCACUGCCUGACCACAUCUAUAUUGGUGAGCAGAGUAACGGGAUCUUCGAGCCUCGGUUGGAUAUUGAUUGGUCAGGCUUCAUCCAUCAGAAUGACUUCCUCACAGUUCGACAACAUAAAGUUAGCUUGGUUUGUGGGUUUAUCACUGAGUGGAUUAUCAAUCCUCUGAAGCCUCAAUUUUACUACCAACGAACCAUCGAUCCAAGCGGGCGUCGUCAGCUACUUCGUCGAAUAGACCACGGAUGCGGAUGCGUAGAAAGGUGCCUUCCUGCUGCGAUGCUAUCAGAGGGCUUUCUGAAGCGCAAAUUGUAUGAUCAACUGACUGAGGCGUAUGGACGGCGCAAACGUUGUCUCCGCGUCGUGGAUAUCGAUCGACUGCCGAGCGAGGCGGUGUUGGUGUUGCACGGCUCCAGUGAUCCGAUCAGCUCGCCUUUUCGAAACGCUUUCCUCGUACUCAAUAUCGAGCGCCCCCCUAUGCUUCAACCUGGAACGACACACCGAGAUAUAGAAACCCACCUGCGCCGCUACUUGCACUCCCUGUGGGACACUGAACUGGGACUUGACGAAGUCAUCUUCCCGACGAAGUCCGUCCAAGUUAUCGAUAUCAUCCUUAAAGGCCGCUGGGAGACAUCCACACUUCACGCCAAACGGAGGCCAAUCAGCACAGCCCACGCACCGGUGCAGGCCUCCCAUUGGUUGGCCAGCGCCGCGUGCCUUUACGUGCAUAGCCUAAUAUCGGCUAAUGUCGACGUCCCUUGA